AUGUUAUCUCUUUUACUUCAUUCUCCGUUUCUCGGGCCAAGAGUUCAGCAAAAGGACGGACACCUGCGCAGCUGUGUUCAUACACAUCCCCGACUUCGUCUCUGUAAACAUUUUAUAAUAUCUCACUUUCUCUCUCCAUUUCUUAUUCUCACUUUCUCUCUCUCUCCCCACUUGCUGCUUUCACUUUCUCUCUCUCUCUCUCUCUCUCCACUUGCUGCUCUCACUUCCUCUCCCUCUCCAUUUCCUGCUCUCACUUUCUCUCUCUCUUCAUUUCCUGCUCUCUCUCUUCAUUUCCUGCUCUCUCUCUCUCUCUUCAUUUCCUGCUCUCUUUCUCUCUCUCUCUCUCUCAAUUUCACUUUUUCUCUCUCUCUGUCCAUUUCCAGCUUUCAUUUUCUCUCUCUCUCCAUUUCCUGCUUUCAUUUUCUCUCUCUCUCCAUUUCCUGCUUUCAUUUUCUCUCUCUCUCCAUUUCCUGCUUUCACUAUCUCUCUCUCCAUUUCCUGCUUUCAUUUUCUCUCUCUCUCCAUUUCCUGCUUUCACUAUCUCUCUCUCUCCAUUUCCUGCUCUCACUUCCUCUCUCUCUCCAUUUCCUGCUUUCACUAUCUCUCUCUCUUCUCCAUUUCCUGCUUUCACUUUCUCUCUCUCUCCAUUUCCUGCUUUCACUUUCUCUCUCUCUCCAUUUCCUGCUCUCACUUUCUCUCUCACCCUCCAUUUCCAACUUUCACUUUCUCUCUUUGUAUUUCCUCUCUUUCUCUCCAUAUCCUACUCUCACUUUCUCUCUCUAUGCCUUACUAUCACUUUCUUCCUUUCUCUAUGCCCUACUCUCACUUUCUUCCUCUCUCUAUGCCCUACUCUCACUUUCUUCCUCUCUCUAUGCCUUACUCUCACUUUCUUCCUCUCUCUAUGCCCUACCCUCACUUUCUUCCUCUCUCUGCAUGUCAUACUCUCACUUUCACUUUCCAUUUCCUUCUCUCACUUUCUCUCUCUUCAUUUCCUUCACACUCUAUCGCUCAGUCUGUUUUCUCCUUUCUCGAUUCUUUUGUGUAUCUUUUUCUAUCUCUUCCUUUUACUCAUUAUCACCUUACUCUUCCUCUGUUUGUUUGUCCCUCUUCUUUCUCUUCCUCUAUACGAAUGUAUUCCUCAAUUUAUCCUCUCCCCAUCUCAUGUCCUCUCUGCUUGUCUGUCGUUCUGUAUAUUCUUCACGAUAUGUCUUUCUUUCUCCUAACCUGCUAAUACCAUUAAUAGUUUUUCGGCAUAUAAGUUUCAAAUUUGGAUCUAUUCCUAGUUCGGCUUUUCCCUUGUCUGUCUGUGAUUAUCUGCUUGUUUUUCGUUUAUUUCGCGUUCAUUCUCUCGUAUGUACUCUAACUGUUCAAUAUUUGUUCGUUGUUCGUGCCACCAGAAAAAGAACUUGUUUCUUUUAUCUAUUUUCUUUUCAAAAACCAUUGCGUCUCUUUUUAUCUUCUCCAUCAUAUUCACCCAUUCUUGUUUGGUUUUUCUCAAAUCUUUCAUUCUUUUUUUCAGUUUUCUUGACGCUCAUUUUCUAG